AUGCUGGGAACUCAGUGUUCUAUUGGGCAGCAGAGAGUACCAGGGCGACCGCGACGAAAGCAGCCUGCUAAAAGUUCGAUCCCGACCAGUCAGAAUCCGUCUGUCAAUGCAUCAACCCUACCGAUAUCUCCGCCUUUGGUACGGCCGAACACUUUUUUUAACGAUGAAUGGGGUCUAUGGGAUAGGGCUGAAUUGCUCUAUCCUAUACUUUCCCCUCCUGAGAAGCCCAGUACGACGACAAAAGAUGUGACUGCGACACCAUGCGGAUUCAUUGACGUCUUUCAUCAAUCAGAUACCUCAUGGGUUACAAGCGACGAUACAGAAUUCUCAGAUACUCCAUUGUAUGCCAACAUGGAUACAGUUUGGGACAUCUACAGAACCACCACAUCUCCAACAAUGCCAUUGGCAAUUAAUGAUAGCUUCUCGUUGAGCAAUUGCUUAACUACGAACCACCCACGAAACACCGAGCCGAAGGAUAUAAUGACCGAUCUAUCCACAAUAAACCUUGGCCUAUACACUCGUCUCGAAGCUAUAAAGAAGAAUGGAAAGACCCUCAAUUUUGACAUGAUGAUUUCUCAGUGCGGUCCAUUGUUUAUCGACAAUAUUACCCUGUUGGAUUAUAUUAUCAAAGUUGCUCAAGAGUUUUUCUUCCUCUUGACCAAUCUUUACGACGAACGACACUGCCCUAGUAUACUACACAAUGUACAACCCAUGGAGGUACUCUGUCCAUGUCAUCUGUCGUUGCGAUUUCUAAACGAGCCAAGGGUACUAUUCCAAGUCUCAUUACCCCUGCCUACCGUCAUUGCAGAACCACUACCUGCCCCGGUUGCGUUGAUAAUCGCAAGUGUUUUUAUCCAACUCAUCACUAUCUACGAACUUAUUCUUAACAAUGUCGCAACAGUAGUCGAAAGACUUACUAUCUAUCCUAUGGAAUACGUUCCUGUUCUCAUAGUCUGUGGAAGGAAACUAGAAAGACCUUGCACUCAAGGCAUGAUCUUUUGUGAAGUUACAGUGAGCUUGAUUGAGAACAUCGAGCGUGUCUUGGGUGUUGCGAGGAAGGAAGUCGGUCUGUUAUCGCAAAGGCAGGUUGAGGUUUUGAGGGACGAACUCGACGAAAGAUGUAAUGUUAUUCCCGGUCAUAAUGUGAUGACACCUACCAUGUUACGAAAGCUCUAUGGAAAGGUUGCAAAUAUACUGAGAAAUAUUGGAUAG